AUGGGUAGAAGAUCACAUAAGGUUAAAGAUCAAUAUAAUGGUGGAAAGAAUAAUGGUAAAGGAACAGGUAGUUUCGAUCCACACAGUCUAAAUCUACCUAGAGGAUGGGAUUACUAUGAGAGAUUUAAAGACCCUUUCAUUCUACCAUUCCAAACACAUACAAUCAAUAUCAAGCAGAGUUCGAAAGGACCACGUGUAGGUUCAACCGUAUGGGAUUCAUCGAUCGUAAUGUCGAAAUACUUUGAACUUGAAGUCGGUUCAAAACUCUUAAAGAACAAGCGAGUCAUCGAGUUGGGUGCUGGUGUCGGUCUACUCGGUAUAACUCUUAGUUUAUUAGAAUCUGAUAUUGUUUUAACAGAUCAAAAAUGUAUGCAUGAUAUAUUGCACUAUAAUGUUAGACACAAUUGUAGUAUGACAAAGACAAAGGUCGAUGAGUUGUGGUGGGGUGAUGAUGUAUCCAAGUUUCAUCCACCCUACGAUAUGAUCGUUGGUUCCGAUUUGAUGUAUGAAGACGACUGUGUAGAUCUGUUGCUUGCCAGUCUGCUGGAUCUCUCCUCAUUCCAUCCAAAGAAAAAGCAACAGGAUUUGGAUGAAACAUUCUCAUCUAUAACAUUAAAUGAUAAGAAACAACAAAAUGAUAGUAGUGAUGACGAAGACGACAAUAAUAAAGAAAAAGAAGAAGAUGGAGAUGAUGAAGAAGAAGAGGAGGAAAUAGAUGGCGAUGAUUUGGUAAAUGAAAACGAUAUUCAAGUUGCAGAGAAGAGAGCAGAUGAUGCCGAACCUCUUUACAUAAAGUCGGCACAACUUCAACCGGCUGACACUGUUAUCUACUUGGGUUAUGAACACAGACAAAUGACUGCGGAAUCUAUUUUCAUGAACAAAGUAACAACUUAUUUCGAUGUAGAAACCAUCACAACAAGACAUUUACAUCCAGGAUUCGAACAUACAGAUAUCAGAAUUUUAAGAAUGACAAGAAAAGGUGUUGUAAAGAAGAUUAAAAAGAACAAAGAUGAUAUCCUUUAA